UCCAAGGCCGGAAAAUUAUACGAUUUGUAAUUACGGCUGCGUGAUCCGGACAUAGACAAGAUGCGUAGAUCAAUCUUGUAACCGCGUAAUAGUCGACAGGUGAUUUUUGGGAAAUCGAUUGUUUAUCGAUCGCAUCAGGUCGCGACUUCCUCUACGGCUCGUACCAAAUCGACAAUGCAUCCCAGCUAAUUGCUCUCAAUUAGAACAUUAUUCAUCGUCUGGUGUGAGUUGAGGAGCAAAGACGCCCGAAGCGUGGGCGUAGGUGUCUUAGUCAGUUUGAACCUGGGGUUAAUUCGUGACAAUUGCGAGAUGAGUCGGUGCAUCGUUCUAUCGUCUGACGGUCACUUUGGUGGAUGAUUUUGCGCUUGGUGUGUGGACUGACGUCGAAGGGUGAGACUUGAGGACUUACAGUUCGAGCCUUCAGAAGACAAUGGACAGCAGUGGAUAUAUCGGCGUGGACGAAAAUCCUCCUGAGAAGACGCAUCCGGAUGAAGAGGAAGGAAGAAGAGAAGAGGAUUCGGUGGACAAUCUGCAAGAUGCGACUCGCAAGUAUUGGCAACUGAUUGUAAAACUUGUGGAAAUUGUAAUUUGCAUCAUGUGUAUAGGCUUCAUGUACGAACCAACGACGACCUACCAAUCAGGCCUAGGGAAAACGAACUUUCCGUACGCGGCUCCGAUGUACACCGCAUUUGGAGGCUACAUCGUUAUCGACGCGACUUUGAUACUUGGCGCUUUGCUGGGGGAGAAGACGCCGUUCAGGACGGUCGCUAUUUUUGCGGCCUGGGGCGCGGGAUUAUUUCUAACGACAGGCAUUUUGCUGAUAUCACACAAAAUGAACAUAGCCAGUUUUUACGCCCCGCAUAUGCAUCUGCCUCUCCACAUGACCACAGCCAUCAUUCUGUCUUUCGUGAACGUCAUUUUGAUGGCUCUUGAAGCUGCCCUAACGUUCGUCCUGAAAAAAGAUUUCCAAAUCGGAUCCAAAGAUUAAACUAGCAUUUACUUAAUCGUACGACUCGAAACCAAAGCUUCUCUUGAUAUACAAAUGUACGCUCGUUAUAGCCAAGGGCAAUUAGGUUACGUUCUAUUUUAUUGUUUACACAUUCUUUACAUACUUCAGUACGAACACCCGAUCACCAAAUAUUUAAAAAUAAUAUUACUAUAGUCAUUUUUGCAAUGUUGUUGAAACAGUCAAUUAUACAUAUGUCUUAUUGUUAACUGAUUGCUAAUUAUAAGGAAACCGUUCAGUACAAAACACAUUAAAAUUGCUAGUACCUUAUUUCGUAGCUAUAGAACAAAGAUUUAUUGACGGAUGCAUUGUUGCUGGAGUUAAGUUUGUCAUUUGAUUAAUGACCGCAAAGGUGAAACUUACAAAGAAUAUUAGAAACGUCGUGAAUUAAAUUAUAGGUGCAUUAGAUGCUGGAUUGCUUAGGUUAACAUAAUUUAAGAUUACUAAUAGUUAAGUCAUGUAUAGUAGGCAUAUGAUAGUAUAGUAGUUACAUUUAGAUUUACUUUCUAUAUAGGAUGUUCGAAAAAUAGACGGAGAUAUUUUAGAGGGGAAAUCCUUGUUAAAAAUAUGCGCGUCAGAGUUAUUCACGUAACUCUCUUUGCGAAAUUUCUCUAAAAAGAUCAAACAUUUUUUUCCAAAACUGCAUUUCCGGACCCAUGUUAAUAGAAACUGUUUUUCACAUUUUCUAACAAGCAAUGACCCCCUAAAUAUCUCUGUCUAUUUUUUCGGACACCCUGUAUAAUUAGGUCGUUUUAGAUAUCUAUAGCAUACAAAUUGCCAGUCAUGUGUUAUCUAAAGAGAUUAUUUUGGCUUUGUGUGCUCCGGGUGCAUUUAACGUAAGAGCACACUCACCUAAGGUGCCUUUCCAAUAACAAAAUAUUUGUAUCAAUGUAUAAAAAGUGUAGUUGGAAAACGUGUUCAAAAAAAGGCUAACAGAACUCAGUACCUCAAUCUCAUAUGUGCUUUAAUGUCAAUUGAUAGAAAUCGUUAUUUUAUGUAUAUGUUGUUUAUGUUAUUAAGUAGUUUAGUGAACAUUGUAUAUUAUUAUGUAUUAUCGAAAUCCGUCCAUUGUAGGCUUAAGCGAUAUUGUAUUUGUUACAAGAUAUUUUUAAUACGAAAUUCUUGAUCGACUGCUGAAUUUUAUUUAUGAAAAAAAGGUUCAA